UUCCCAGGAAAUGAGGACGAAGCAGAGAAAGAGCCGGGACCAUUUUUAGCAAGCAGAUCCGGCUGCCUGCGCCCUGCCCCAUUUCUGAGCACCAAUCGCUUCUCAGGGCAAAGAACUGCUCCCCCAGCCCUGUUCCUGCCCCCUUGGCAGUUUUGCUCAGCUGCUGAGGAGGUAGGAUGGGGAAGACGGUGCGGGAUCACCUCGUGGACACCCUGGAAGAGCUGGGGCAGGAUGAGUUGAAGAGGUUCAAGGCCAAGCUGAACGCGUUCCCAGUGAAGGAGGGCUACAGCAACAUCCCCCUGCGCCGGCUGGAGAAAGCUGAUGUCCUGGAUGUGUGCGACAAGCUGAUCAGCUACUAUAGGGAGGAGUAUGCGGUGGAGGUGACUGUGAAGCUCCUGACAGACAUCAAUGAGCGGGACCUGGCAGACAGACUCUGCAAGGCCACAGGGACUGGUAAGGAUCGGGGCAGGGAGAGAGCAUUAACGGGGAUAAUGAUACUGAACUCCUUUGUAAAGUGCUUUGAGAUCUAUGGAUAA